UGGCUCAAAGACCCGGGGUGCCAAGGUGCUCACUUGGGCCCUUAUUUGUACCGUGUUGCAGGCGUAGGGGUUUUGCCAGGCAUUUCGAUACGCCAAAGAUGGAACAAGCGCCGGCCAUGAGCCAGGAACAGCAAAAUCUGGCCGCGAUGAUGUGGCAAUCCAUGGCAAUGGGCUCCCCAAUGCCACCAAUGCCUGGCAUGCCCAACAUGCCAAUGCCGUGGGCAAGUCCACCUCCACCGGUUGUCUCUCCAUGGUUGACGGUACGAGUCGAUGGGCUCAAAUUCGAGUAUCAGCUGACAGAGGACGAUGUACGCAAGGUUUUCUCGCGCUACGGCGAUGUUGUCUUGGUGAAAAUGGACCGAGAGGGGACUACUUCGCAGGUUCAAUUUGCGCAGCCCCACCAAGCGAUGGCAGCUCAACAUGAUUUGGAUAAAAAGCAGCUUGCAGGUAUGUCUGGGGCAUACUUGACUGUGGAGUUUGCCUAUCCUCAAGGAUACAAUGCUGUACCUCCAGCACCGGACCCUCAACUGCUGCAGCACAUGGCGGCAGCAUCGAAUCCAUUCAUGAACCCGAUGAUGCCUCCUGGACCAGGUUAUCAAAUGCCCACGAUGCCCCCUGCCACAACGAGCCCAUCUCAGUCUGCUGCAGGCCAGCCAAAGAAGUUCACCUGCAAACUUGAAGUGGGUAUUGAGAACGAGGGUGAGUUUCGCGUUGGCAGCAGGGUGAUCCAAAUUGCGCGAUCCAUUUGGCAGGAUCCGAAGUUUCAAGAACACGGCGGGAAGACCAGGCUGCGUGGCAAAGGUAUUGGUGGGCCCCACGAGGGAGAUGAGCCUUUGGCACUUUGCAUUUCUUGUCGGGACCAGGCAGCUUUUGACAAGGCAGUGCAAUACGCUGAAACGCAGUUGCAGAAGGUUCACGCAGACUACAAGGCCUUUUGCCACCAGCAUGGGAAACCGAUUCCUGAGUUGGAGGUGAAGAUCUCCAAGAAAGGCACAUUCGGGCCGGAGAUUCCAGCAAAACCAUCGCCGCUACCUGGAUCUGGAUCUUUUGUUGGGAAUCGGGGCGAGCGGCCAGCUGGCGCUCCCUCAGAUGAGGAGAUCGAGCGACUCAUUGAAGAACGCAAUGAUGCACGAAAAGCUGCCAACUUUAAGAAGGCAGAUGAAGUCCGGGAGCAUCUGAGGCAGCGAGGAGUUGUGCUUAUGGAUGAGAAAGGUGCGAAGGGAACCUUUAAAGGUUGGUUAAUCUCCGAGACCACGGGCGACGGGUGGUGGAAAUUAUAUUUGGGGUGGCGGGUGGCUGGGUGAUUCCGCUGAUAAUUAUUGCUGCGGAAUGAGCUGGCAGUGUUUGCUGGCCGGAUACUUCUUGCAGCGUUGGCACAGAAGGGUUUGUUUUGCUUUCUGUUCCGUGCCGUUUUUCCAACAGAAUCGCUGGAGAAAA